AUGGAUAAUGACUAUUAUGACUUUCUUGAUCAUUCAUUAGAUUAUAAGCCAAAAAAGAGAGGAUAGAGAGGUAGCAUCCCAAAACGUAAAUUUUAGCAUUGACUGAUUAAGAAAUUAUUUUGAGAGAAAGAAUGAAACUUGUUAAAAAUAGAGAAUCAGCAAAAAAUAGUCGAAAAAGAAAAAAAAUGUAUGUUGAUCUUUUAGAAAAUAAAGUAGUUUUAUCAUAAAUCAUUAAGGUAGCUGGUCUAAAUUAAUAGUUAGAAUAAUAUAAAUAACUAUAAGAGUCAAGUUAGGAAGUAUUACGAAGUACUAUAAUUCAACUAUUGUUUGGAAAAACCCAAAGCUCUUAAAAUUAAUUGAAUCAUUACUUCAAUGAAAUUAUUGAGCAAGCCAUUCCUAAAAUAGCCUUACAUUUAAAAUCACAUAAACAAAAUCCAGGCCUGGAGUUGUGUUUUAAAAAUUUUUAUAAUUGCUUCAAUGAUCUAAAUAUUAUCAAAGAUGAGAUGAUUUUAGAAUUAAAAUUAACAGAAGAAACUAUGAAAACUGUAAAAGAAAUUCCAGAAUUCUAGAAAUUUAUUGAACAUGUUAAUUAGCUUGAUUACAAAGAUUAAUUAGACAAUAUAGAAGAAGUAAUUUUAUAAUAUAUUUUAGGAUUUAGGAACAAUCAUAAAAUCAAAUGAUUUAAUGCUCUCUGUUAGAGAAAUCUAUGAAUUAUACAAUAAAUCCAUUCAAUUUGCAAAGAAACCUAAACUAAAUUGAUCAUAUAUUUUAU